CCAUUGGAAAAACGGUGAUGAAAUGGAUAGUUGUAACAAAAAAGAAAUUUGUCUCUGCUCCAAGGGGUUCUAUGUGGGGAGACAUGAAGACGAGCGGCGAAGCCAGGUACAUAGGGAUUAAUACAUUAUGGACAGCCGAGAUGUUAAUGGACCAGCUUCGAGCUGUUUUCCCUUGUCUUCAAAGCAAAGAACGUAACCAAAUCAGAGUUUUCAGAACAACCUCGCGCGGGAAUAUCUUUACAAGGCUGUCAGAAUAUCUCCCUAACGCCAAGGAGCUGCUACAAUUGUUUAAAGGGACAAAAUCGCCAAGGAUUUACCUUUACAUGAAAAAUAGCAAAGGUAUGAUCAAUAUAUUUAUGAAUAUGUGUGAUGUAAAGAAAACCAUGGACUUUGAUAUCCAUAUAUAUAUAUCUUUGAUAUACAUAUCAGUUACACUGAUAUCUAACACCGCAAUCAAUGGAA